AUGGACGAAUCUUAUCUUCCGCAUUCAUUUAGUGCAGGUGGACCAGUAGAUGUUGCCUCCCAGUUCUCAGAAACCACUGUUAGAAUCGUCUCAAACACAUGGAAUCUUAAAAACUUCAAAUACUGCGAAUUCUCUCCAAAGCCCAAAAAUAUCUUCUCCGGGAUUUGUGCUGUUAGCGGAGAGGUGAUUUCUGAACCAAAUUUGGAUGAGCACAAUUGCGAAGUGUUGAAAAAUCGGAAAUUGGAAGAUUUGGCCCUGAAUGAUUUGAGCAAUGAGCAACGCUUCUUUUUGACCGAGAAAAUUGAUGAGUACACCGAUCCAUAUUUUGCAAUUAUCAAAUUUUUGGAUGCAAUUAUAGAUCCAAAAGCUGACCACCUGCUAACGAAUUUGCUGAUUAAUGGAUUUCAAGUCAAAUUUCAGAGAUUUUGGAUUGUACAACUCUCCUUCCGUUUCCAAUUUCUCCAAAAACUCCACAUACCACACUGUCGAAUCAAAUCUUUGGAUUUCGACAUUUUGUGCACAAGCUUCCCGAAAUUGCGCGAUUUGGACCUGAGCUACUCGGGACUCCGAAAUUUGACUGGAAUUUCAAAUCUGGAAAAUUUGGAAAAACUGAUUUUGCGCGGUCUGGAUGUGAAACGAAAACAUCAUAUUCAGGAUUUAUGGGAGCUGGAGAGGCUUGAAUUUUUGGAUAUUUCAGGAUACGAAAAAAUCGGACGAAAUGUGAAGCUGUACCUGCUAUCGAGAAAAGCGCGGAUUUCAAAACGGAUGGAUAAUUUGAAAAUUCUGGAUUGCUCAUUCAAUUUAAUGAAUAAACGAGACCUGAAAAAAUUGCUCAGCAUUCACGGAGGUCUGGAAACAAUCAGUGUGAUUGGAACCGACAUCCAUCAACUACCGGAUUCUAAACUUCCUUAUACAACUCAAAAAGUUCAAAUUUUGAGGACUACAAGUCUCAAAAAGUGCACAGAGGCUCUAAUUCAUUACACAAAACAUCAAAACAUGUCUGGACUAUUUUUGGGGAAAUUAGUUAAAUAUAUGCAAGUCCAAUUAGUCGAUAAUUAUGAGGCAAUUAGUCGAAAAGAUCUGGAAAAUGCGUUUCUAGCAAUGGUGAAAUAUAUGGGAAGCACGACGGAUGAGAUUUGCUUUCGGGUGCUGUACACCGUUGAGCCCAUGACAAGGCAAAACCGCUCGAAAAUCUUCUCCCGAGAGAUCAAAAAAGAAUUUAUGGAAAUCCUGGUCUCCAAAUAUUCACAAAUGUGUCAUGAUGAGUUUUCGACUGGGAAAAGCAAGCCGAGAUCAUAUAAAUUGAUGACUUGGAAGAUUUUCAAUCACAUCGAGAUGAUCACAAAUUGCUCACUUCCACAAAUCAGUCAAAUUUGCGAUUUGACAAUUUUGGAAAUCAAAAAAAUGGACCAGAAAAAUAUCGAAAUGUCAUUUGGAGCCUUUGAAUUCUUCAACAAAUUCUAUGGAUUUAUUCCAGUCGAACAAGCGGAAAAAUUCAAAAACGACCGAGAUUUGAAAUUCGCGAUUUUUGGGAUCCUAGGCCAUCAUGAGACGAUUUCCGACGUCUUCGAGAUGCAAUGUCUACUGAAAACGCUGGAAAUUUUGACCGGGAAUCUGAAAAUGGACGCUGAGAUCUUCCUAAAAUUCUUGACCUCGUUCCAAUUCGCACUUCAUCGAUUCCGGAAACAUCCAAAGAUUUGCGCGAUGCUUUUGACGAGUUUUAAGGGCAUUUUGGAGCGAUUCGAGAAAGAAAACGCUGGAAAAAAGCUCAAAAAAGAGGAUUUGGAAAUUUUGGGGUGA